CGCCAGUCGUCGCCAGUCGGUCGGAGCCGCCGCCUCGUUGGGAGCCGCGCGCGCCUCGCCGCCGCCUCGCCUGCCCGACAGCGCCGCCUCACCCGCACGCAGCCCGUCCGGGCGUGAUGGUGGAUUACCACACCGCCGGCCAGCCCACCUACCAGUACGGGGGCAACGGGCCCGGCUUGGGCGACUACAUGGCUCAGGAAGACGACUGGGACCGCGACCUCCUCCUCGACCCCGCCUGGGAGAAGCAGCAGCGCAAGACUUUCACAGCAUGGUGCAAUUCCCACCUGCGGAAAGCCGGCACGCAAAUCGAGAAUAUCGACGAAGACUUCCGCGACGGCCUCAAACUCAUGCUGCUGCUGGAGGUCAUUUCAGGGGAGCGAUUGCCAAAACCGGAGAGGGGGAAGAUGAGGGUGCACAAGAUCAACAAUGUGAACAAGGCUCUCGAUUUCAUAGCCAGCAAAGGAGUCAAGCUGGUUUCCAUAGGAGCUGAAGAGAUUGUUGAUGGCAAUGCAAAGAUGACCCUGGGAAUGAUUUGGACGAUCAUCCUCCGGUUCGCCAUUCAGGACAUCUCCGUGGAAGAGACCUCGGCCAAGGAAGGCCUGUUGCUCUGGUGCCAGCGGAAGACGGCCCCCUACAAGAACGUCAACGUGCAGAACUUCCAUAUCAGCUGGAAAGACGGCCUUGCUUUUAAUGCCUUGAUCCACAGACACAGACCGGAACUGAUCGAAUAUGACAAGCUCAGGAAGGACGAUCCAGUCACAAAUCUGAACAAUGCCUUUGAGGUUGCGGAGAAAUACCUCGACAUUCCCAAGAUGUUGGACGCUGAAGACAUUGUGAACACGGCCCGUCCUGACGAGAAGGCCAUUAUGACCUAUGUCUCCAGUUUCUACCAUGCCUUCUCUGGCGCACAGAAGGCCGAGACGGCCGCGAACAGGAUUUGCAAAGUGUUGGCAGUGAACCAGGAGAACGAGCACCUGAUGGAAGACUACGAAAAGCUGGCUUCAGAUCUGCUGGAAUGGAUUCAGCGCACCAUCCCCUGGCUGGAGAACCGCGUCCCCCAGAAGACCAUGCAAGAGAUGCAGCAGAAGCUGGAGGAUUUCCGCGACUAUCGGCGGGUCCACAAGCCCCCCAAGGUGCAAGAGAAAUGCCAGCUGGAGAUCAACUUCAACACCCUGCAGACCAAGCUGCGGCUGAGCAACCGGCCCGCCUUCAUGCCCUCCGAGGGGAAGAUGGUUUCGGACAUCAACAAUGGCUGGUGCCACUUGGAGCAGGCAGAGAAAGGUUACGAAGAAUGGCUGCUGAAUGAGAUCCGGCGGCUGGAGAGGCUGGACCAUUUGGCGGAGAAGUUCAGGCAGAAGGCCUCCAUCCACGAGUCCUGGACCGAAGGUAAAGAGGCCAUGCUGAGGCAGAAGGACUACGAGACAGCCACCUUGUCGGACAUCAAAGCCCUGAUCCGGAAGCACGAGGCGUUCGAGAGCGACCUGGCGGCCCACCAGGACCGUGUGGAGCAGAUCGCAGCCAUCGCGCAGGAGCUCAAUGAGCUGGACUACUACGACUCCCCCAGCGUCAACGCCCGGUGCCAGAAGAUCUGUGAUCAGUGGGACUCGCUGGGAUCCUUGACCCACACCAGGAGGGAGGCGUUGGAGAAAACGGAAAAGCAGCUGGAGACGAUCGACCAGCUCCACCUGGAAUACGCCAAGAGGGCAGCGCCCUUCAACAACUGGAUGGAGAGCGCCAUGGAAGACUUGCAGGACAUGUUCAUUGUCCACACCAUCGAGGAGAUCGAAGGUUUGAUCGCCGCCCACGACCAGUUCAAAUCCACCUUGCCUGACGCAGACAAAGAGCGCGAGGCCAUCCUCGGCAUCCAGAGCGAAGCGCAGAGGAUCGCGGACUACAACAACAUCAAGCUCUCAGGGAACAACCCCUACACUUCGGUCACUCCGCAGAUCAUCAACUCCAAGUGGGAGAGGGUCCAGCAGUUGGUGCCAAAGAGGGACCAUGCGCUGCAAGAUGAGCAGAGCAAGCAGCAGUCCAACGAGCAUCUCCGCCGGCAGUUCGCCAGCCAGGCAAACAUCGUCGGGCCCUGGAUCCAAACCAAGAUGGAGGAGAUCGGGCGCAUCUCCAUCGAGAUGAACGGCACCCUCGAGGACCAGCUGAACCACCUCAAGCAGUACGAGCGGAGCAUCGUGGACUACAAGCCCAACAUCGACCUGCUGGAGCAGCAGCACCAGCUCAUCCAGGAGGCCCUCAUCUUUGACAACAAGCACACCAACUACACCAUGGAGCACAUCCGUGUUGGAUGGGAACAGCUCCUCACCACCAUCGCCCGGACCAUCAACGAGGUAGAGAACCAGAUCCUCACCCGGGACGCCAAAGGGAUCAGCCAGGAACAGAUGCAGGAGUUCCGGGCUUCCUUCAACCACUUCGACAAGGACCAUGGCGGCUCUCUGGGACCCGAAGAGUUCAAAGCCUGCCUCAUCAGCUUGGGAUACGAUGUGGAAAAUGACAGACAGGGAGACGCAGAGUUCAACCGGAUUAUGAGCGUGGUGGAUCCCAACAACAGUGGCGUUGUGACCUUCCAGGCCUUCAUCGACUUCAUGUCACGAGAGACGACAGACACCGACACAGCAGACCAAGUUAUCGCCUCCUUCAAGGUCUUGGCUGGAGACAAGAACUACAUCACAGCCGAGGAGCUGCGGCGAGAGCUUCCCCCAGACCAGGCCGAGUACUGCAUCGCUCGGAUGGCACCUUACCAAGGGCCCGAUGCCAUCCCGGGAGCCCUUGACUAUAAGUCCUUCUCGACAGCCUUGUAUGGCGAGAGCGACCUGUGAGCUGGAGGUGGAAGCGGCGGCGGCAGCUACUGCAAGCGCUGGCGCUUUUUGUGGGGCGGGGGCAGGGGCAAUGGCUCGAUCUCCCUCCACACAAACACACACUCUCUCCCCCCUCUCCCUCUUAUCAGCAAUGGGGGCAUGGUCUCCUCCUCUUUUCUCUCUCUCUCUCUCUCUCUCUCUCUCUCUGAGGACAGCAAGCUGCCUCCGCGCUGGGCAAAUUUGGGAGCUGGCGUACAUAACUCUUUUUUUACCGCCUAUUCUACGAACAGUUACUAUGCAACGGCCUAGCCAUUUGCCCCCCUCUUCCCAGUGCCGAGCUGGGAGCAAGGCUGGAUUUCCUCCCAACCGUCUUUACUUGGCCUUGAUUGGGAACAGGGAGGAGGGGGGGAGACUUUCAGCAAAGGGGAGACGAGGGGAGAGCCCAGGGAACGCAGGCGGCUGUGGGUCAGGUUUGUUUAAGUAACGCCUCCCGUUCAGUUUGCUUUCUGCUAUUGGCUGGUGUGACUUCUGAAGUUGGGUCCCUUCUUUCCCUGUGCGUGCUGUUUUUCUCUCCCGCUCCGGGUUUUUUUAACGUAAGGCUUGUUAGCGCAGAAAUCCCAGCACAGAGCAGGGGCGCAUCGCCCAGCGUGGUCCAGAUUUUGAAGGAGAGCUCGAUCUGCCUUCUGUCCUGACAGCCAGGACUCGGAUACCUCGUUUGUUUCCAUGCCGUUGCAAACCGUUCAGCGGGCCGUACUGGGCCAUGUUGGGGAAGGGCUUUUUGAUGCAGAUUCUCCCCCCACCCAGGGGAAGUCUCUCUGGUGUGCGUUUGCUCCUCAGGGGUGCCUGGUGGGCCAUCCUGAACCAGGCGCAGGCUGGGGCUCAUACUGAGCUGCCCAGAAGAGCUUCUGCCUGCCCUGCGUUUCUCGGCCAACUCCUUGGGGUAGGUGCGUGCCCUCCUGUGCACAUCCGUUACUGGACCUUCCUCCAGCUGGGAUAAGUUAACGGUCAGCGGCUGCUUAGGUGCUGGGCAGGGGAAGGCGGGCCGUUUUCCUUCUAUUCUGCAGGCCAGAGAUGCUGUGGUGGAGUUGGAGCCUUUCUGGGGGCGUCUCCCGCUUCCAGCUCUUCACUUCCUGAUCACGGCAGAAUCCGGAAGAGGCCCACCGGCGGCGUCUGCUCUUCGGCACCCGCCUCCUUCGCGGGCUGCUUUUGCUUGGUUCUGGGCCGCAGCCUCCCUCUUGCUUGCUUUCCACACUCACAGCACAUACGGUUUAGAAACACGUUUCUCUCAGCAAUACUGACACACAAAUCAAGGGCAAAGCACCCAGUUGGUCGCAGCUUUACUUCCAAGCAGAUUUGUGCAUGCCAAGGGGCUGGCCGGGGAGUGUCCCGUUCCCCCCCAGUUUCCUGUAUCUCGAGGGGGGGGGUGAUCUUGCAGUGGAAAUGCAAGCAGGGUCUUCUUGACAUAGGAAUGGGUUUGUCCUGGUUUUCUCUCUCACGUGCCCUUUUUUGCAUAACGGGGAGGGGGAUCUUCUAGCAAAUGGAAGAGAAGGGGGGUGUUGAUCCAGAAGGGAUCUUAAUUAUAAAGGUGCUCUUGAAGGGAAGUCUUAAAUGGUGUCUUUCUGGGAAAUGAGGCGAGGAGACCCGCAAUCUCCCAGCGUUCCUUGGCAGAGGGAGAAACCGAAUAGGUUGUCAAGUUAGCGACAGGGACCAGUAAAGCAAGUCCUGACACAUAACUCUCUUUUUUGGGGUGCCUCCAAAGCUGCUCCCCCCUCUUCGGGCAAGAGCAGCUUUGCCCACACUCAGUCUUCCUCCUCCCUUUUUCUUUUCCACGCUCCGAGCAAACUCUUUAAAGUUCAUUGCUUCACGCGUAUAUAUAUAAAUAUAUAUCUAUUUUUUUGUAAUUUUCUUCAUCAUGGUGCACGGUUUUCUGAGGACCAAAUUUAAAAGAAGGAGAACCAUGCAGAAGAUCUUCUUAAAAAAAAAAUAAUAAUAAAAAUUUUUAAAAAGCAGAGGAAUUAAAAAAACACACACAGCAAAGGGUUGCAAUUUAAUAACGUCCAGAUUUAUUAUUAUUAAAUAUAUAUUCAUCUAGCAUCGUAUAUUUGCCGAUGGGGUUGUUUUGUGUCUUUUCAUCAUGGCAUUAGAGUUAUGGCUGACUUUAGCACUGGAGACCGGUAACAUUUCCCACACCUUUGUCGUCCCUUUUGUUUUCUGUUUGGAUUCCUCCUCUCCCCACCCCCCACCCCCAUCAGAGAAGGUUAGUUUAAUUUUAUUACAUUUGCUGCUGAAUGUCCCAUUUCUUGGGUGGGCACUUCAGACAAUAGGGAGUAGCCAGCUUCUGUCUUUCUGUUCAUCAAGGCUGUCCUGAAAUUUCCACACUCUUCCCCUCCCUCUUGGGAAUCAGAAAAUAAAACGUCAUAUUUUUAAGGAUGA